AUGCCAGCAGAUUUUUUCCUCCCUUCUGUUUCCUUCAGAGAAGAAGCAGCAGUAGCAGCAGCAACCGGCGGUGGUCGACCAUUCCUGUGCCCCUACAAAGGUUGUGACAAGUGCUACUUCUACGAGUACAAGCUCAACCUCCAUCUCAAGAGGGGGCAUGUCAAGGAGGAGAUGGUGGAGCACAAUGGCAGCAAUGAGUUUAGUGAUGGCAGUGAUUCGGAGCAUUUGGUCCGGGGGCCCGGGAAGGGAAAGAUGAGGCUGGGAGGAGGAGGAGGAAAUUCAAGGCUGGCAUCCACAGCAGCGCUGAAGAUAGUGAGUGAUCAUCCCUUGGGGCAGGAUGAUCUGAUGAACGAUGCUGGGGGGAACAACGAAGUGUUUGAAGAUGAUGAAGAAACUGAGGACGAUGUGGACUAG